AAAAUCAACAUCAACAGAAUAAAAAUUCUUAUUACAUUUUUCAACAAUCGAUGAAUACAUUUAAAAUGGCCAUUCGAUUUUGGUUGUUGUCAUUAUUAUUCAUCAUUACGAUAUCAGCAAUCGAUUGUAUUAAAGUAGUAUCAUUAAAUGUACCACCACAUGUACGAAAAGGAUCCGAUUUACAAUUAUCCUGCCUGUUUGAUUUGGAUAAUGCAACACUUUAUUCAUUAAAAUGGUUUUACAGGGCACAUGAAUGGGAUCGUGAUGAACAGGAAUUUUUUCGCUUUACACCAAGACAUAAACCAUAUAAACAGGUAUUUCCAUUAGAUGGUAUUCAAGUUGAUUUAUCCAAAUCAAGUGGUUCAAUUGUUUAUAUACGUCGUGCAUCAAGUAAAACAAGUGGAAAAUAUAAAUGUGAAAUUAGUGUUGAAGAUACAUUUCAAACGGUUGCUGCCGAAAAACUUAUGACCGUUUUUAAUUCAUCAUCGGACCAUUUAUUCAUUAACUAUAUAAUUAUCAAUUCAUUAAUAAUAUUGUUCGGUAUCAUUUGGAUUAUUCAUUGAUCAAUGGACACACAC